UAGAAGCGUGGGGAGUGAUGUGUCUUGAUGUGUUUUAAUAACCUGAAACAUGAAGGAUGUCUCAAUCCCCUCCAGGCAAUCAAGGAGAUGGUAUAUAAGGGCAUCUGGCUCAGAAGUCCUCAGAUCACAGGUCCUCACUUCUCCUCUUCGUUGAUCCAAGUUCACCUCUCUGCCCAAAGGAUGUCCUUCUCCAGGCAGCAGCUCAGCUCCCGCUGCUUCCCACCCUGCGAGGUGACCUGCCCGCAGCCCAUCGCCAACGCCUGGAACCAGCCCUGCAUCACCUCCUGUGGGGACUCCCGUGCUGUGGUCUACCCACCGCCCGUGGUCAUCACCUUCCCGGGCCCCAUCCUCAGCUCCUGUCCUCAGGAGAGCAUCGUGGGCAGCUCAUCCCCACUGGGGCUGGAGCGCCCCAGAGGCCUGCAGGGCUCCCUUAUCUAUGGGGGCUGCUUCUCCUCGUCUUCCUCCAACCAGCUCUGGAGCCAGCGCUAUGGGGGCUGUGGGCCAUGUUAAGCGUGGCAGAAGCUGUGUCUGGCAGGAGAAGCAGUUGAGGAACUGACAGCAAGACCUAAGUGUGCAACAGAGCUGAGAAGAAAGGCUCUCUGAAGGAAUGGUGAACUAUGAGUGCUUCUUAGCACCCAUGGGAACUGCUCUUCUGUUUGUCUUCUUUAUGCUCGGUUUGCUUUUAAUGUCAGUUUUCUCACAAUCGAUCUUUUCCAUUCUUGGAAAUCAAAUUACUGAUCAUGAAAAUCUGUUUCUCACUGUUAGAGCACAAAAGCACUUUUAUUACUGGAAACUGGUCCAUGUAUACUUCCAGUUGCUUGGGACCACAGUAUCAUUUCUUUGGUAGUUUUAUACUUUGAUUUCUUUAUGUCUAAUAGAAAUCUUAUCACCUUAUACUAUGAUUCAUCCUGUCCAUUUGAGACUUGAACCAAGAAAGAAAACAAAUGUGAUGAAAAUAAAUCAGUUUGGUACAGAUUAUUAAGUUGGCCCUUUUAAAAGCCACCUUGUAUUUUUCCCUUAUGUUGCUGAAAAUCUACGCUUCUUGAUCCUAAU